AUGAGCCUAGAGCUCAACAUAACGUGUAUGAACGGGAAGGAGAUCAAAGAUAAUGAACCUGUUGAAAUUAUUCAUAACCUUUAUCUGGGAUCAAAAUACGCAUCCUAUAAUAGUGAAUUUUUGAACCGUUAUCAUGUGAACCGUCAGGAUUGUAUUUUCCGAGAUGACUUCACCUACCUUAAUGUGUAUAUUAAAGAUAGUGAGGAUUGUGAAAUUCUCUCCAGUUUUUAUUAUUCCCUCGAUUUUAUUAGCGAAGGGCUCUCAAACGGAUCUGUACUUGUUACAUGCGGAAGGUGCCGUUCUGCAGCAACAGUAGCGGGAUUUCUAAUGUCUCGCAAGCACUUCUCUUUUGAAGACACCAUUAGUUUACUCAAGGAGAAGCGCCCUCAGAUAACAAUCAAUAACGCAUUUUUUGAGCAACUUCGUUGCUUCUACGAAUGUAAUUGCAACAUUCGUCUCGCUUUUCAGUUGUAUUUAGCCAACUUCUUCUCCGGCUUCCAAGCCAUUCUCUCCACCAAACCUCAUUCUCUAAGUCGAGCCCUCUCUCCCCUCUCAUCUAGAAGUUCUGCCUCUCUACCAGUCCCCGAUUCCUGCAUCAAUUCAGCUUUGCCGGCCUCGAACUGCCGUUCGCUCCUCUUCUUCUCUCGCAAGUUCCCUCUCGCCUCUUUCUCUCUCUCUAGCGUGCUCGAUCACCGCCGCUUCGUCCCUUCCGAUCUUUUCUCCCCCGCGCGGCCGCGACUCCUUCAAUCCUCCUCCAUUCACCCUCAUCCCGACGAUUUCUUCGCCUCGGGCGCGCGUUCUUUCGACCAGUUCCCGGACCCCCUGCCCGUUCACACCAAACGAGUUUCCACGGUUUCCACGGUUUCGAGGAUGGGUCCGACCGGAGCGAAGGAAGCUUCCGCGCUCUCCUCCCGCGGGAAUCCAUCGGUCUGGAUUUCCUCUCCCGCGGGGAAUCAUCAAGCGUGA